AUGCACUGUGAUACAUGUCUUGUCAAUCUGUGUAAGGCAUGUGUGGGAGAACAUUUUUCUUCUAAUCUCUCAAAAUCCCAUACAAUUGUUGAUUUCAAGGACAGAAACUCUACUCCAGUUUACCCUGGAUGUACAUCGCAUGAUAAUGAGCGAUGCAAAGUGUACUGCAAUCAGUGUGACAUUCCAGUUUGCACAUCUUAUCAACAUUUAGGUCAUAAAUUAUCAGAAAUAUUGGAAGUCUUGGAUGAAAAGAAGCUUUUGAAAAAUAAAAGUGAAUUAAAUAAGGACAUUUUUCCAACUUACCAGGAAAUUGUCAAAGAUUUACAAAAUAGAAUAAGUCAGUUGGAAAAGGAAUAUGAAGAUCUCUUAAUGGAAAUAACAAAACAUGGAGAGGAAUGGCACAGAGAAAUUGACGAACUUGUCAAGAAACUCAAAGCGGAAGUAGAUGAGAUGAAAAACACACAGUUACAAACUCUUCAGAAUCAACUGGAUGAAGUAAAAAACAAAGUUCUUGAAAUCAAAGAAGGAAUCAAUUUCAUUGAAUUUGCUGUCAAUUCUUCUGAUAUUUCCAAGUUAUUUAGUGGUUCAUUAAAUGUAAACAAGUAUAGAAGAUUACCAAAUAAAAUUGUACUUUCUUUCCCCAAAUUUAUCCCAGGAAAUAUCAAUAGAGAGAAACUUAAUGAGCUCUUCGGAGUUUUGUCAUCAGCUUCUUUCCAUGAAAAGAAAUACAGCAUGAAGGCAACUCAAAAAUCAGUAGAAGAUGACAUCUCUACGCCAGUCAAACAACUGCUUCGUAAUCCAGAGAAUAUCACCACCAUAGACACUUGCUAUUUUUUUUAA